AUGGGCUGGAGUUGCAUGCACUGCACGUUUCUCAAUCCUUGCGAUUCGGCCGCCACUUGUAAGGCGUGUAGCGCUAUCCGCGUGCUUCAAUGCCCGACGUGCAAAAACGAGAUCAAAUAUGGCAAGCGACUUCAUGUGGAUGGCAAGACCUAUCAUCCUGACUGUUUCUGCUGCACGGGCUGUCAGAAGCCGCUUCCAGGUCCAUUUCAAGUGGUGAAGGGAGGCAACUAUCAUUCGGAGUGUGCACCGAAGCCCCGAGUGAUCAAUAAAACGAUCACCACAAUUAUACAACCCUUGAGUGAAAGCAGUUUGAAACCAGUGAAAAGUGAGAAAUGCUAUGAAAAUCAUGACAACCUCAAGGCCAAAAGUGGUGGCGGAGCUGCUCCUAAAAUGGGGUGGGCUUGCUCAACUUGCACGUUUUACAAUGCCAAUGAGGCGACAGUAAUCUGUGAAGCUUGCAAUGCGAUCCGCAUUGUGCAAUGUCCAGGGUGCAAGGGAGAGAUCAAAUACGGACCUCGCACCAACGUGCAGGGAAAAUCAUACCACCCGGAUUGCUUCCGUUGUGCUGCGUGCCAUCAAAAGUUCUCGACGAACAAGUUUCAAGUCAAGGACGGCGAGUUUUAUGACCAUGAGUGCUACAAAGAGCUUUUCCAUCCAAGGUGUGAUGUUUGUGCGAACUUUAUUCCGUACCAAGCAGGCACCCAGAAUAUCGCAUUCAAGGUAAUGCCUUUUUGGAACCUGAACUAUUGUGCCGAGCAUGAUAAUUGUGAUCGUUGCUGCAGUUGCCAGCGCGUUGAGCCUAUUGCCCCGGAGCGCCAUUUCCACCAGCUCAGUGACAAACGCAAGGUUUGCCAUGAUUGCUGCAAGUAUAUUGUGCUUGAUACGAACGAGGCACAAGGAGUGGUCAAGGAAGUGUGGGCGUACAUGAAAGACAUCGGCAUCAACCUUCCCGAGAUCCCUGUUUAUUUGGUGGAAUCCUCUGUCUUGAACGAGCACAAGAAAGCCAAUGUAUCGAAGAUCGUCAACAAGCCCGUGAAAUGCCCCGUGACUCGAGGCCUCUGCAUUUCGGAGGUGUCGCAAAUCCAGCACAUGGUUCGAACUGGCAAGCAGGCGAUUUCCCGAGUCGCCUCCAUUGAAACGACUCGCUCAGUGAGCGCAAUCCUGAUCCUGCAUGGACUUCCGUACGACCUGACGACCUCUAUUCUGGCGCAUGAAGCUACCCAUGCAUACAUCAAGCUCAGCGACAACUUUCCCGAUAGUAUUCCGCCCAAGAUUGAGGAAGGAAUUUGCCAGUUGAUGAGCUACCUGUUCCUGAAGUACAAGCACGUAAUCGAGCGCAAAGAGUCCAAGACACGUGCAUACGAGAACCGACUGCGCAAGUUUUACAUGCAGCAACUCAAGCACGAUCUAUCGGCGAUCUACGGGGACGGCUUUCGCGAAGCCUACAAGGCCUACAAGCGAGUCAACUCGCUGCAACAAAUGUUUGACGCAAUCCGACACCAUGCGUCAUUCCCGUAA